AUGCCUUCCCUGCACCAUGGGGCCAUCUUUAUCGGGGUGAUGCUGAUCGUGACCGGGGGCUCCACGGCGUUCCUGCCCUCCAGUCAAAGCAGGCUGCAGGCGUUCAGCUUGUGCUGCGUGGUCCUGGGCGCCGUGAUGCUCAUAUUGGGUCUCUUCUGGGCGAUGAACGGGAAGACCAACCCGGCCACUUACAGCAACGAGUACACGCACGACUACAGCCACGUUCUCUUUACCCCUCCACACGGGAAUCACUUCCCGGAGUCCCAGUCUGUCUACUUGCAAAGGCCAAUGGACCGACAGCGGAGGGGUGUCUAUGAGGACUUUGACUACCCGCCUAUGGAGCCCACCUGUUUCAGCCCCUCAGGGAGGGCAGCGGCGCGGCCAGCCCACUGGGACCUGGAGCCCCCACCCCCUUACGAGGUGGCCAUCAAGACCACCACCAGCUCCACACACCUGCGCAGGAGCUACUCCGACACCUUCCGACCCACGGAGCCCCUCUUCGGCCGCUCCCGCGAGAUCAGCUUCGAGGUGUGA